AUUUUUUUGAUAUAAAAGUCUACCAAUUGUUAAAUAUUUAUAUCAAAAUAUCACAUUUUCUCAACAUUAUUCAACAAUUUCGAAUAUUAACGGUUAUUAUCACCUUCCUAUCAAUUCUCUGUUGUGCCCACAACUUCGUAAAUAUUUACUUUUCAAUUUUCAAAUUGGCAUAAGUACGUUAAAGCUGCGCUAAAUGUCACCAGCUAAGCCAAAUUGCGCUAAGGUGGCUACACCGCGCGCCAAUGGCAAAUACCUGUUUGACAGCUCCAGCACAACCGCGAACAACCGCGCUCAACCGUGUCUGACUAAGCCGGAAUUUCCCAUUGUGAAUACAAGCUUUGGCCGUGAAUUACUUAUCAACAGUCAGUGCUGUGUUGUUUGUGUUGUGUACAAGUUGUAUAUAUCAAUGAUAAGUUCAAGGUUCUACAUCCUUGUAAUUUGCAUACAAGGAUGCAUUUUUGCAAAAGCGAAUGCCGAUGGCUUGGCUGCCAAUGCAAAUUUUGAAACGCCAAUAAAACGCGUGAAAAGCGUAACAAUGGGUGAUUUGGUGGCGCAUAGCGCUUUGAAUUUCGCACACAAUGUUGCGCAGCUGCUAAACGAGGAUAUGCACUAUGGACAGACGACGAUCUUCUCACCCGUAAGCAUAAUGUCCUCGAUGAUCCUGCUGCUGUUGGGCUCAAAGGGAAGAAGUUAUGAUGAUUUGCGGCAUAUCUUUCGCUUGGACGUGCCACCGUUGAGCGCUGCAAACAAUCCAUUUCAUUUGGAAUUCGGUGCGAUGAUGCAGGAAAUGCAAGAUAAUGCUGCGUUAGCGUUGAGUGCAAGAAAUCGCGAUAAUUGGCGUAAUACAAAUGUGGCCUACAGCAUACGGAGUAAGCCGAAACUGAGCGCCGAAGAUGCAAUUAAUAUGAAUAAUGUGAUAAAAAUCGUAAACGGGUUGUUUAUAAAAAGCGGUUAUGAGUUGAAUGCGAGCUACCGAGAUGUUAUCAAUUCGAUUUACAAGUGUGACGUUAUACCGUUGGAUUUCAAAUUACCGCUGGCGCGUGAUUACAUCAACGAUUGGGUUUACAAAAAUACUUUUGGCAAAAUUAGCGGCAUUAUAGCGGACAAUAUACCCGCCGAUACGAAUGCCAUCAUCACGAGCGCUUUGUAUUUCCGUGGCUUUUGGGAGAACCCUUUCAUACAGAGUGCCACCGUAAUUGAUAAUUUCUAUCCGGAUGGUCUCCGCUCGCCACCCAUAAAAAUACAAAUGAUGGCCAACGCUGGCGCAUAUCCUUACUACUUUUCGCAGGAGCAUGAUUGCCGCAUCAUCGGGCUGCCAUAUGUGGGCAACUUCAGCAGCAUGUAUGUCAUACAGCCGUCCAAUUCGAGUCGCCAAGCUUUAAGUCGGCUUUUAAAGUCGCUGAGCGCUGUGCAAAUCGAAGAUAUGAUCUCGAAGAUGGUCUAUCAAAAUGCGAUUUUUGCCUUUCCGAAAAUGCAUUUAACACAAAGCAUGAAUAUGAAAAAUGUUUUCCAUGCGCUCGGUGUGCGUGAUAUAUUGGCGGGUGGUGAGCGUUUUAGUGCAACGCAUUUGGGUGAUUUGAAUGGGCGUAAAUGGUCGCGUGCGAAGCGUGGAGUGCUCUUCCCCACCGAUAGUACACAAACAGCUGCGUAUUUUUCGCCAAUUCCACCAAUCUACACAGCGCAACCAUUACAACAAAAACCAAGUAUUAAUACAGAGCAACAAACGCAACAAGGUUCACCUAUCAGCACUGAACAACAAUAUCCACAAAAACCACCUAUUUUCCCAGAUCAAAUAUUACAAUCAAAUCCAUCCAGCAAUAGGGAUCCACUAUUACAACUACACUCAAGCAUCAGUAGAGAUCCACUAUUACAACAACAACCAAGCAUCAAUAGAGAUCCAAUAUUACAACAACAAUCAGCCAUCAAUCGGGAUCCACUAUUACAACAACAACCAGCCAUCAAUCGAGAUCCAAUAUUACAACAACAACCAAGCAUCAAUCGAGAUCCACUAUUACAACAACAACAAUCAAGCAUCAAUCGGGAUCCACUAUUACAACAACAACAAUCAAGCAUCAAUCGGGAUCCACUAUUACAACAAAAACCACUCACCGCCAUAGAACAACUGUUGCAACAGUGGGGCUUAAACCGCGAAAUCAGCAAUAAUUUAUUGUCCGAUUUAUAUGUAGGCGAUAUUGUGCAUAAGGUUGAUUUUGUGGUGGAUGAGAAUGGCACAGAGGGCGCUGCUGCAACUGCGACAUAUCUCAAACGCUCCGGUGGCAAUGUGCUUUUCAGGGCAGACACACCGUUUUUGUUGCUGGUGCGUCAUGAUGCCACCAAAUUACCGUUAUUUUAUGGUGUCAUCAAUCUACCGGCACCGAAUUUCGUUUGAGGAAAACUAAUAAUAUUUUUUUUUAUAUAAUUUUAAUAAUAAUAUGUAUAAGAUAUACUAUAUAUUUUAACUAAUGCUGCCAUUUCUAGUAAGAGUGAACAGUAAUGUGAACUGUGGUCGUGAAAUAUAAAAAAUUAAAAAAAAAUGAUUCCAAAAUAUAAAAAAAAUAUUUUUAAAAUAUUAAAAAUAAUAAAAAAAUAUUUUUUCUAAAAUAUAAAAAAUAUUUUUAAAAUAUAAGAAAAAUCUAUUAUAAAAAAAAAUUUAAAUUUUUAUAUUGCGAAAUGUGCUC